CGAAGGAUGGCUCUCUGAGUCUCUGUCGUGGAAUGAAUGAUGAGAAGAUCCACCAUUUCAGAUCCUGCAUCGUCCGCAACUUCACCAGCCUCUUAACCUGCGCUUCAAUCGACUGUUACAUCAUCAUCUCUGUUCGGAGCCUCUUCUUCCUCAAAUCCACCUUCAUCUCCCUUCGGAGCAGCGCCAACGAGUGCUUUCAAGUCUUCGAUAUUCAAUUUUGGGCGCUAGAGAUGGCGGUGGUUGUUAGUCUCAGUUUUGGAGAAUCAUCUCAACUAGAGAAUUGAUUAGCUCUUGGCAAAGGAGGAAGCUAAUAUUGUUGAUGAUUACGGAGAAGAAGUUUCAAAGAUGGAGGUCCAAGAGGUCCAAGGGUGUGAAGAAUUCACAAGUUAAAAACAAGAGUUGUAUGAAAUUUAUUUUUUAUUUUGUCCUUUUACUUUGUAAUAUAGGUCUUUUGUAUAUGGUUUUCAUAUAAAUGUAAUAAAAUAUGACAUUUUUC